AGUAAGGCCGCAAUGCCCCUGUUCAUAGAGUCUAGCUCCUCCCACUCAUCGUUUUGGUCCUCGUGGAAUAAUGACGGAUUUUGAGCCAAAACUUGCCAACGCAGCAUGUCCAGACCUUCAACACCCCCGCGGGAGCGAAACAUCAUUUAACACGAGUGCACUUCCGAACUCUGCGGAACAGCUGCACGCGGUGCUAGGCGUCGCAGGGCUAGGCGUUGCGAUUGCUCUUGCAUUGUGGCAAGCAAAAGGGCAUCUGCCAACUGACAAAUACGCAUCUAUGUUAAAGGCGGAAGAUAAGAUUGACCCUGACGAAGCUCAAAAAUUCCAGGAGAAAAGCGGACAAACUAAGACGAAGACGGAGAAGAACCGGGAGAAACGGAGAAAGCGCCGCGCCAAAGCUAGGAGGGCAGCCAAAGACUACCAGUGUUAUUAUUUCAUCCAGCGUUCUUGGCAGUGCUUUUAGUAGCAUGAUUGCGGGCUUG